AUUUACUUGCGAUUGACCUCUGACUGCAAGUAUAAAGUAUCGUGGGAUCUACUGUUUAGUAUCAUUCAGCUAUUACAGCUCAACGACAAACCCUAAAUCAACAAAAUGUUCAAGCUGUUCAUCUUCGCGUGCUUCCUGGCCGUGUGCGCCGCCAGCCCCAGCCCCAAGGCCGACCCCAAGGCUGACCCCAAGGCCGACCCAGCCCUCAUCGCGCCUGUAGCAUACACGGCCGCCUACACCGCGCCCGUCGCCUACUCCGCCGCCUACACCGCCCCCGUCGCCUACUCCGCCGCCUACACCGCGCCCCUCGCCUACUCCCCGUACUACGCGUCUCCCUACGCCGCCUACUACCUGCGAUGAUUUACAACUAAGAACGAAUAGAAACUGAGAAUAUACCUAAUCUAGACCACAAUAAAUUGAAUCGACUACAAAGAAUA